AUGCCGACCCCCGUGGAGGAGACCCCGGAGCCCAAAUAUCACGACGAUAAGGACGACAAGAGAGACGACAAAAAAGGCGAGAAGGAAAAGGACGCCCAGAGUGACUAUAUUCACGACAAUGAUGAUGAUGAUGAUGAUGAUGAUGCCAUCUCCCCCUCCGACAAUGGCCACCACUACGCGGAGCCGGGUCCUAGCGAUCCCAGCCACUUGAGAGUUGAUACCGAAUUGGACCGUGAUUUGUUGGCCUUGCGCUCGCCGUCUGCAAACCGGGAGCAGUCGUUGCGGCUGGAGGAUGAUCUGGCGCUGCUCGAGGCCGAACGGGUGGCCUCCGCAUCCACCCGGGAUGACCACGACAAGGAUCAAAAGUCUGCCAGUUCCGCUGCGCUGAGCCGGUCUCGUCGCUCGGAGAACGUCGAUGAGUUUGACGAGGCGACUAACCCGUUGCACGAGAAGGCCGCUGUCUACAACCCUCCAGAAAACCCCAACACGAGGCUUGCUCUCUUCAUCAAGAAGAUCCAUCAGUCCAGCUUUAUUAUCCGUUACUUCACCUAUAUUGUCCCCGUGGUCCUGCUUUUGCUGAUUCCCCUGCUGGUCGGUGCAUUGGCCUUCCCCAAUGCCAAUGUUGGAGGCGUCGAGUUACUGUGGUUCUCGGUUUGGUUGGAAAUCGUCUGGCUGACUCUGUGGGCAGGAAGGAUUGUUGCCAAAACGCUCCCCAUUCCCAUUGGCAUCUUGGCUAGUAUCUUCACCAACAAUGCGAAGAAAUGGCGCGACCUGGCCAAGCAACUCGAACUCCAUGCGACCAUCUUCUUCUGGUGGUUGGGCGUGGAAAUCUCGUUCUUACCCACCAUGAAGAACCACCAUGUCGACCAUGACGGGCGUACGCGCGGUUGGGAGAACACUGUCAACAAACUCAUCAUUUCCUUCUUCGUCUGGACCAUCCUGAACCUGAUUGAAAAGUUCCUCAUCCAGUUGAUCGCCAUGAGUUUCCAUCUCCGUACGUACUCGGACCGCAUUGAAAUCAACAAGUUCCAGAUUGGCAGCUUGACGAAGCUCUACUCCUACUCCCGCGAGAAGAUCACCCAGCUGGACGCCGACUUUGAGGAAAGGGGUCCUUCCCAGGGCGAUCGAACCGGUUAUCGCACUCCCAUGCGCUACGCCGGACGUGCCCAGCGUGUGGCCAAGGGUGUGGCCAAGGGUGCAAUGCAGAAGGUCGGUGAUGUCGCAGGAGCUGUGGCGGCCGACUUUACCGGUAAGAAGGCGACCAACAGCACCCAUCCGCACACCGUCGUCCUGACCCUUCUGCGCACCACCUCGGGCUGCCAGGUGUUGGCCCGCCGACUGUAUCGGACCUUUGCGCGCGACGGAUUCGACGUUGUCUUUUCUGGUGAUUUGAAGGAGGCGUUUGACAACAAUGAGGAAGCAGACGCGGCGUUUGCCAUGUUUGACCGCGACAUGAACGGCGAUAUCUCCAUGGAAGAGCUGGAGGCAGCGUGUGUGGAGACUGGCCGCGAGCGCAAGUCCAUCACAGCCUCACUGAAGGAUCUUGACUCGGUGGUUUCUCGUCUGGACAACGUGUUGGAGUUCUUCGUUGUGGUCAUCUCGCUGAUUGUCUUUGUGACCUUGAUUUCUACGUCGGCUGCUGGUGUUCUCACCUCCGCUGGUUCCAGUGUCCUCGCCUUGUCCUGGCUGUUCUCCGCGACGGCGCAGGAAUUUCUGCAAUCGGUCAUUUUCGUCUUCGUGAAGCACCCGUUCGAUGUUGGCGACCGCGUCACCGUGUACGGUAACUCAGGAGACGCAGGUCUGGGCGACGAUUACUUCGUUAAGCAGAUCUCACUCCUCUACACCGAAUUCAAAAAGAUGCAAGGCCACAUCGUACAAGCGCCCAACUCGUACCUCAACGGCCUCUUCAUCCUCAACCAACGCCGCUCUGGUGCCCUAGCCGAAGCCAUCCCUAUCAUCAUCAAAUACGGGACCACUCUCGAACAAAUCGACGGCCUCCGCCAACGCCUCGUCGAGUUCGUCCGCAGUGAAAGCCGUGAAUUCCAGCCCAACGUGCUCACCGAAAUGCGCGAGGUCACCGACAACUUCAGCAUCACACUGAACGUCGUCUUUUUCUACAAAUCCAACUGGCAGAACGAGGGCUUGCGCCUCCAACGCCGCAACAAGUUCAUCUGCAUGCUCAUGAUUGCCCUCCAGGAGAUCGGCAUCGAGGGCUCGCGCAUGAACCUCCAGGGUGCCCACGUCGGCUUCCCCGUCCACGUCAACUGGCACGGCGCUCCCCCUUCGCAACCUCCACCUAGCUACAAUGACAAUGACAACGGUAACAACAACGAUACGCUCAGGCCAACCCCCGCAGUCGGCACAGACAACACCAGCAACCCGCCCGGCAGCGCCGGUAGUUCCUCCGCCACCGCCGCCCGCCACCCCUCCAUCUUGCGCAAGGGCAUGAACACAGCUGCGGCCCGCGCCCGUGGCGACUCCAUCGCCUCCCGCAAACAUGUCGACUUCUCCCUUGGCAUGUCCGAAAUGGCCUCCGGCGACAUAUUAGGCGACGUCUUCGAAGACCGCCGGACGAACCCGCGGGUAGACGUGGACAUCGUCCGCGAAACCAACCGCGAGACAGCCGAGCGUCGGAUCCAAGAAAUCCGCGAGGAAGAAGAAGAAGAAGAAUCCGAGCGGCGACGCAGCGAGUCGUCGAGGAAGAGUUCUCGGCGCGGCGGCGCGGGGACUCCAGCUGGUGGGUCGAACACGAACCUUAGCAUUCCGUCGCAUGGCGAUGGGAGACCGUCGAAUGAGAGUCAUGGGAAUCUGAGUCUGUCGUCGUCGUUGCAUCGAAGGGGGUUCUUUAGGAGGAAGAGUAGUGCUAGUCGGGAGCAGGAGGAUUUGGAGGAGGGGCGUGCGCAGCAGGCUCGUGUUGAGGAUGAGAAGAGCUGA